CUGAUCGGAGAUAUAAAUGAAUCCACGUUUCUAAAUGGGAUUAACGGGACGGCGCGGUGUAACCGGGGGACUCGGGUGCGCGCUCGGGGAUGUCAGAGGUUCUCCAGAUCUUUUGUAAAGCAGAUGGAAUUAUUCGGGUGGAGUAAAAGUUGAGAUUUUUGAGAAAGCACAGGCGCGCUGGAUUGCAAAGGAUGGAGAGAUAAAGGAAAAGAAUAAACCGAGCUUUUGUGGAAAAGGGUGGAAACAAUGCGCGGAGUGGAAAUGCACAGAGCCUGGAUUCUUCUGUUUAUAAUAGAAGAGGGCUUUGCUCUGGCACAGAGGAUCAGAGAGACGCAGAACGAAGAUGGACCUGCAGCCAGAAAUGAACAGUGCGGUAUAUGGACCAAGACCAUCAGUGGGGGCCAAUUUAUGUCCCCGAACUACCCUAACAGCUACCCGCCCAACAAGGAGUGUGUGUAUGUCCUCGAGGCGCUGCCUCGCCAGAGAAUCGAGCUGGCCUUUGACAAGAACUACUACAUCGAGCCUUCGUUCGAGUGCCGUUUCGAUCACCUGGAGAUAAGAGACGGACCCUUCGGCUUCUCCCCGCUCAUCGAUCGCUACUGCGGCCCGAAGAGCCCCGGCGUGGUCACCUCCACCGGCCGCUUCAUGUGGGUCAAAUUCACCAGCGACGAGGAGCUCGAGGGCCUCGGCUUCCGGGUUAAAUACACGUACAUAGCAGACCCAGAUUUUAAACUGCACGUGGGUGGACUGUUAAAUCCCAUCCCAGACUGUCAGUUCGAGAUCAGCGGCUCGGACGGCUUCGUCCGGUCCAGCCAGGUGGACGAGGAGGACAAAGUGAAACCAGGCGAUGCUCUGGACUGCAUCUGGACCAUCCGUGCACCUCCUCAUUCCAAGAUCUACCUGCGCUUCCUGGAGUACCAGAUGGAGAACUCCAACGAGUGCAAGAGGAACUUCGUGGCCAUUUACGACGGCAGCAGCGCCAUCGAGAACCUGAAGGCCAAGUUCUGCAGCACGGUGGCCAACGACGUGAUGCUGGACAGCGGGGUGGGAGUCGUGCGCAUGUGGGCCGACGAGACCAGCCGCCUCAGCCGCUUCCGCAUGCUCUUCACCUCCUUCGUGGAUCCUCCCUGUUCCAGCAACACGUUCUUCUGCCACAGCAACAUGUGCAUCAACAACUCGCUGGUGUGUAACGGUGUGCAGAACUGUGUGUACCCGUGGGAUGAGAACCACUGCAGGGAGCGAAAGUCUAAGGGUCUGUUCCAUCAGAUCACCAAGACCCACGGCACGGUUAUCGGCAUCUCCUCCGGCAUCGUGCUGGUCCUGCUCAUCAUCUCCAUUCUGGUCCAGAUGAAGCAGCCGCGCAAGAAGGUGGUUUCACGCCGCCCGGCCGUCUUUAACAAAUCCGGCCUCCAGGAGGUGUUCGACCCUCCGCACUACGAGCUCUUCUCCCUGCGUGACAAGGAGCUCUCGUCCGACCUGGCCGAGCUGAACGAGGAGCUCGAGAGCUUCCAGAAGAUGCGCCGGUCGUCCACCACGUCCCGCUGCAUCCACGAGCACCACUGCGGAGGCGGUAGCGCCAAGCAGCACCGGAGCGCCCUGGGUUCCAUGGAGCUGUCGUACCACAACGACUUCUCCAAACCGCAGACCAUGAAGACCUUCAACAACAGCGGCCUGGGAACCUACAAGAAGAGCUGCUACGGCUACAAGCAGACUCACGAGUGCGCCGAGCAGGUCAUCGAGGACCGGGUCAUGGAGGAAAUCCCGUGCGAAAUCUACGGAAGGGGCGGAGCUAUAGGCGGGACUGUGGGCGGGGUGAUGGCCGGCGCUGUUGGCGGGGCGACCGGAAGCAUCAGCAGCGGAUGCAGCAGCAUCAGCAUCCGUAACCACGGCACCAUACGCAGCAACAACGCCACUACCGUACCAGACGCGGGUCAGCGCUCCAUUUCCAUGGACUUCUGAGGGGAUGGAUGGCGGUAAUGUGGAGCAGACGAAAGCCCGACCAACACGAGACUCUUUUUUUUGUCCUUAAUUCUUGUAUUAAUCCGAUUGAUCGUCUUUGAAUUAUUAAACUCUCCAGUCACCUUGACUACUAGACCUUAAAACAGACCUUAAUGACCGAAAACCAUCACCAGGGGUGGACAAAUCAGUAGCCUGGGCGUCCGGGUUACAUAUCUGGGGUUUUAUUUCCUGAAUAUUUCGUUGCCUGUUGGACAGAUGACUGUAAUGGUUAAAAAGUUAGUUUUGG